AUGAUAUGGGCUUCCCCCUCCAGACAGGUUUCUGUAUACAGCAUACCAGCUCCAUCCCACUCUGAGCAGGCGGCUGGACAGGAAAGCCUGCAUUUUCACUAUUGCCAGCCUUACCAGGAAGGUGUGGGUCAGAAGUACUGUUUCCUCAAAUGGAUAAAGUUGCAUUACUGGAAAAGGUGGCUUCUAGGAGUAUUACCCAUGAUUUCUUUAAUGAUUACAGUACUUGUGCUGGUCCUGCACUAUUCAUUCGCUCCAGCUUUCUCCUGUAUGUAUAUUGGUGGAAGUGUAGAAAUUUCGAAUUUAACAUAUACAAAUGACCUCACUGAUCCAAAGUCACAGAAAUUCCUCUUGCAAGCAGAAGCAAUCCAAAAUUAUUUUGCAGAGCUAUAUGAGUCUUCCGCCUUGGGAAAGUAUUACUUGAAGUCUGUAGUGGCUGCUUUCAGUGAAGGAGAGUCUGGACUUCGAGCUUACUACUGGAAUACAUUCUGGGCACCACAAGAUAUGGUUGAUUCUUUUAAAAAACUAAUCUCAAAGGGACAAAAAGAGAUUGGUAGUAAGCAAGCAACCCACAUGUUCAGUUCUUCUGGAGAGGAAGAUUUUGAUUUCAUUACAGUAGAGCUUUUUGUUUCAGAUUCCACAGAAUAUGAUGUGAUGUUAAAAUCAGCAGUAUCCUUUGACCUGUAUGCAAAGCCAGGUAACAACAGAACUCUAACUCUGAUGAAUCCCAAGAAGUCUUUUUAUCAGUGGAGGUUACGAGUUCCUUCUAACUAUGUGGUGAGACUGGCAGUUACUACCUUGCAUGGUGUCACUCCAGGGAGCUGUGCAUCACACCAGUUAUCAGCGUAUGAUUUCCUUCUUCCUCUACAGAACAAGAUCAUUACAAGAUGGUGUGGGCCUGGAGCCUGGACUACUCCUGUUAUACGUUUGACUUCAUCAGGUAAUGUAAUGUUGCUUACCUUCUCACUGGACCGAACAGAAGAAAGGAACAUACUAAAAGCUCACUUUCAAGCCAUCCCUAAAAUCAUGUGUGGUGGGCAUUUUGUCUCCUGGAAUGGGACACUGAGUUCACCUUAUUACCCGAGUUACUACCCACCAAACAUUGACUGCAGCUGGAUCAUCCGAGCACCAUUGCCUGGCUACAAGCUGUCAUUAAAAAUCCUUGUAAUACAAAUUCAAGAGAAGUCUCCGGGGUCCAGUAAAUGUGAUAAGGAUUGGUUAGAAAUUGACGGAGUUAGAUACUGUAAAGCUAUUUCAGAAGGCAACAGAAAUAAAGAAUAUGGCUAUUCUGUUGCAAUCAACUUCCAUUCUGAUGAACUGGUUACCCACAGAGGGUUUUAUAUUGAAUAUAGAGCCUUCAGUCACACAGACUGCUGUAAUGCAGAACAGGUGAACUGUGGCAAUGGGAAGUGUAAACAUCAGUAUAAGACUUGCAAAGGUGAUGACAGCUGUGGGGAGGACAGUGAUGAAAACGACUGUUCCUACAGAAGUUGCUCCUCUUACACUUACAAGUGCCUCAAUGGAAAAUGUCUGCUGAAACCGAAUCCUGACUGCGAUGGAAUAAAAGAUUGUGCAGAUGGAUCUGAUGAAAUGAACUGUGCUUGUGGAAGACACUUGUUUAAGAAAAAUAGAAUUGUUGGAGGUGAAGAAGCAAGAUCUGGAAAGUGGCCUUGGCAAGCAAGUUUACAGAUGGGAGCACAUGGCCAUGUAUGUGGUGCAUCUGUUAUUUCAAACAGAUGGCUCAUAUCUGCUGCCCAUUGCUUUCUGGAUUCUGAUUCUGACAGAUACUCUCUUCCUUCUGCGUGGAGAGCAUAUAUGGGCUUACACACCAUUAAUGAAAACAGCAAUCACGUGGCUAUGAGAUCAAUCAAAAGGAUUAUUAUCCACCCACAAUAUGACCAAUAUAUCUCAGACUAUGACAUCGCCUUGUUGGAAAUGGAGACACCAGUAUUCUUCAGUGAGCUGGUACAGCCCAUUUGUUUACCCAGCACCUCUAGAGUAUUUGUUUAUGGAACUGUCUGCUAUGUAACUGGCUGGGGAGCCAUAAAAGAAAACAGUCACCUUGCCAAAACACUGCAGGAAGCUAGAGUGAAAAUAAUUAACCAAAGUGUUUGCAGAAAACUGUAUGAUGAUCUGAUCACAUCACGUAUGCUGUGUGCUGGGAAUCUUAAAGGUGGCAUUGACACAUGCCAGGGAGAUUCUGGAGGUCCUUUGGCCUGCACAGGAAAGGGAAAUAGAUGGUACCUUGCUGGCGUUGUGAGCUGGGGUGAAGGAUGUGCUCGGCGCAAUCGUCCUGGUGUAUAUACUAAGGUGAUGGCACUUUAUGACUGGAUUCGUCAGAACGCGAACUGA